AUGUCCCGCAUUCAAUUCGGCGUCCUGGCUUACGACUACCAAGUGCUCGAUGUGGCUGGUCCAAGUGAUCUCCUUACAUGCGCCUCCAAAGAGCUUAUGGAAGGGCUGCGCUACCUUGGCCCUAUCGAUCAAGCCACCAUUGAUCGUGCGCCGCAAUUCGACUUUCACCACAUCGGCGUCACUCGGGAUCCGGUGCAGCUAACUAGCUCAAUGAGCAUUGUACCCACGACUACCGUUGACGAAUGUCCUGAGCUGGAUAUUCUGCUGCUUGGUGGGCCGAACCCUAUUGGCUUCGAACUGCACCCAAAGUUUGCCGACUUGAUCCGCCGUCACGUCGCUGCUGGGAAGCUGCUAUUCACAAACUGCACCGGGGCCUCCGUCGCUGCUGUGGCCGGUGUCCUUGAUGGGAAAAAUGCCACAGUCAACAACAUCGAGUUCGAAUAUGCCAAGAAGCAUUACCCAAACGUCAAGUGGACUAUGGAUAAGAAAUGGGUUAUUGACGGGAAUAUAUGGACGGGAUCUGGUGCUGUUGCCGGUAUGGACAUGUUUUCCUACUGGCUGAAGGAGAACUAUGGGAUGGACGUUCUUAUCCAGGCCGCUCUCGCUCUCGAUUACGAGCCUCGGGAUAUCAACGGUUUGCUGAAUGUCAUCCCGAAGCGAUACGACGCCAAUGGACAACAGAUCUCAACGCAUGUCUUCUCUUAUUAUUAA